AUGGCCACAGCGGGAGGUGACGCUGGCGGGAGCAGCAGCGCUGCUGCGGGUGCGGUCGGGGCGGACGAGGGGGUGGGGGAGAUUCUUGCCUUCUGGUUUGGAGAGUUCAUGAGGCCUGGAUACGACGGCCCGGCUCCUGCGCCAUCGGACGAGCUCGCCAAGGCGAGUGUGUGGUUCAGCAAGAGUGAUGACGUGGACGCUUUCAUUCGCACGCGAUUCGCUCCGCUCAUCCCGCUCGCCGCAUCAGGCCAGCUGGCGGGUUGGGAGGACACGCCACGUGGCGCUCUCGCAUUGCUGGUGCUGCUUGAUCAGUUCACGAGGAACAGCUUCAGAGGCUCGCCAGAGGCUUUCGCACAGGACCACCUUGCUUUGGAGGUUGCUAAGCGGGCCAUUGACAAAGGUUUUGACCGGCAGGUGCCCAGGAUAGGUCAGCCUUUCUUCUACCUGCCGUUUGAGCACGCUGAAGAUUUAGCAGCACAGGAUAGAUGUAUCGAGUUGAUGACUCAAAUGGUUGAAGAUGCCCCUGAAGGUCCCGUGAAGGGGUUUUUAAAGGCAGGUUUGGACUAUGCCCACAGGCACCGAGACGUUAUUGUCAUGUUUGGUCGUCGGGGUCUGACUGCGCGUCACUGCUACGAGAGCCAUGGCCGCUCACAGCUCCUCCGACUUCCUUCAAGGGGCCCUCGCCCUCGCCUGCACGCUCCCCCCCCCCUGCAGCGCGCACUACUCCGCCUCCGCGCCCACCCUCUCCGCGGAUUCCACCCCGCGCUGGACCACCUUGCUGACGUGUACUACGCACUCAUGCUGCUGGGGGAGCGCCUCCGCCUCCCCCUGCUUGGUUCCCCUUCCGCCUCCCUCUCCGCGGAACCCCUUCACCUGCUCAUGAAGCAAUCGAACGCUCCCUUCGCCGCCGUGAUUCCUGGCGAUACUGUAGCGGAGCUGGUCGUUACACAGGGAAUCUACAGCUUCCUUAACCUGUACAACACCGUGCUUAUCGUGAGGAUUCUCCUCACCUGGUUCCCCAACGCCCCAUCCGCCAUCGUCAGCCCCCUCAGCACCAUCUGCGACCCCUACCUGAACAUUUUCCGAGGGUUAAUUCCCCCUAUUGGUGGAACCCUGGAUCUAUCCCCGAUUCUGGCCUUCGUGGUGCUCAGCGCGUUCACCAACGCGUCUGUCGCCCUGCCCGCGGAAAUGCCCGAGGAGGGGGCUCCGGGGGAGGGUGUGGCGGGGGAAAGCGGCGGAAUGCUGGGCGGCAGGCGCAGGCGGCCUGUGAGGCUGACGCGGGAGCAGAGGGAGAAGAUGCGCGCAGCAUCAAGAGCAGCUGAGCAGGGGCAGGAGGCGUAG